AACGAGCACACAACAAAGAUAAGGCCCGCCCCCUCCCUGCCCGCUCGCUACAGUCCCCAGCUCGCGCGACAUGGCGCCCACCCGCUGCCCCCCGCCGCCGCUCCUCCUCCUCCUCCUCCUGUUCGCCGCCGCCGCCACGGUGGCAGAGGAUGCAUCCGGCCUGCCUCUCCCUUCGCCGACGCCGUGGCCGGAGCGGUUCCACGCGGUGCUGUUUACGAACCUGACCAACUACUCAUCGGCCUCCACGGGCCCGCCGCUCCGCAUCACGGACCUCUACUACGACUGGCCGCGGCGGCGGAACCUCAACCUGGUCCGCCACCAGCUCUCCGCCGACCCGCUCUACGACGUGGAGUGGAACAACGGCACCGCCUUCUACUUCGACUCCUCCACCUGCCGCGUCGUGCGGUUCCCCGUCGGCGUGCUGCCGCCCUGGUGGCUCUCCGGCGGCGGCGCCGAGUACGCGGGGCGCGCCGUCUCCGGCGGCAUCGACUGCCACGUCUGGGGGAAGGCCGGGUUGAUCGUCUACUACGAGGAGGCCGCCACGGGCCGGCCCGUGCGGUGGGACUUCCUCGACGACGACGGGAUCAAGCAGUACGUGAUUCGCUUCGAGCCCGGCGUGGCGCUGGAGGACGCGCAGUGGCAGGCGCCCGCGCACUGCUUCCCACCAGACGACGACGACGACGCAGAACAAGGGAAGGGCAAUGACGAUGUCGCAAGCAGCAGCAAGGAGGAGGUUGGGGUUGCGAUGCUUGAGGCGGCCAGGCUACUCAGGAAGCUUGCAGGAGCUGCAGCAACCUUUUGAUUGUGUUCUAGUAGCAACGUCUCAUGUUGCUCCUGUGUGUAAUAUAUGCAAGAUUGAAUAAUGAGAGGCACAUCUAGAACUAGCAAGAAGUAGAAAGAUGAAGGCAGCUGCUUCAGGAGUUCAGGAUGCAGCUUCCAGGACCAAUCCAGCAUGUUGUUCUUGGGAAGCCCUGGUCUGAGAUGUGGGUCAGGCCAGUAAUAGAUUGUGAAAUCACGCUGUGUGCGUUCGGAUUCAGAAAUAUGGCAGUCGACUACAA